CCUCCUUGACCACAACUAGUAUGGCGUCCAAAAUAAGCUCAAUCUUCUAAGCCAUUGAUGUUACAAAGAUGUGGGCGUCACAUUGCUAAUUCAGACUUCAUUAUCAGAUUUCAUUUGAUAUCGAAUCUGUAGGUUCUUACAACAAACUUUAUUUGGAUUCAGGAGAAUUGUCCAAUUUCACUCUAAUUCACGGAAUUUUGAUGUCUGACUCCGACUUGUAUGAGCCGGCACGUACACAUGUACGCAGGGCACAAUUUCUACAUCAAGAGGUUCUGUGAGAGGCUAAGUAACUGGCACACCAUUUUUGCCGGAAACACGCAAUUAAAUUGCCAAUUCUUAGGCUCGGCAUCGGGAGCUAAUAUCACUUAAAGAAUCACUACCAAAACUUCAUUCCGGCAUUGCAAAUUGCAGUGCAAAGACCCGAAGAUAUCUACUCUGAUAAGGCUCUAUUCACGCACUACCUACUUUUACUAUUUGAGGUAUGUUGAAUAGACGGUUAGUCUUUUAGAUAGAAGCAUAAUUGAUGUCCUUGAUCUAGCAAUAAGCUCACUGUAUUAACAAAAUGUGAAGGUUGCCGCGACCGAGUAACGAAAAAUCAAGAUGCGGGAACAUCAUUUCUCUAAGACUUACGCAUUCAUCGGCUUCGGAAGCACUUCUUGAUGAUGAACGGCACAUCUUCAUCAUUUCUGUAAGCAUAAUCGGGUUUUUGACUUCACAGUCCCGCUUUCAAACCACCUGCUUUAUCUUUCAUCUUUGGCAUCAUCUUUAUUCUCUAACGUAGCUUUUUGUUCCUCAUUUCCUUCCAGUAGCCUUCCUUGAUUGCCAAUUACUGAAUUUAUUGGUAGUGGGCCACAUCUCUUGAUGUAUGCCCUUUGGUUAGCACUGGCACAAGGUCUUUUAGCAAAACCACGAUUGAAAAAAAACCCUGCUGCCGUCUCCUGGAUGGGCUUUGAGAGAUGAAAACCUUUACAUGGUUUUUGAUCCAGAAGCGUUGCGCCAGAUGUUUGAUCUGCUAAGGACAGAUCGAGAGCUGACUCUGAUAUCCAUUAAUAUGGCACAGAUAGCGCGGGAAUUGAGGGUUGAAGCUGGAGAGCUCUUAAAGCCAAGACUGAAAUUAGCAUGCAUCGAUGCAACUACAUACGAGAUGCGCACACGCUUCUAGUUGGCUUUCACGACACUUGGCGUUCAGUUUCUAGAAUUUGCAACGCCCGAGGAGGACUCGAUUGGGGAACUGGCACAAUCCCUAGAUGGAGUAUCCAUAUGCAGAACACAUGUUAGGCUCCCCUGAAUAAUGCAAAAGAAAAUCCACUGAUGGAGUUAGAUUCACUUGUUUUAUUGAGCCUGCUUGAUUUAUUACCACACAAGUAUGUACCCAGGUCAAUCAUUGAUACC